GACAUCGGAAGUUUUCGUUGCACGCGCUCUUGCAGCCUCGCGGAGCGAUAGAAUGGAAAGCAAAAGGAACCGCCGGAGAGGCUGCGAGCGGUAGGAAUGGAGAGCUGACGGCGCGUCGAACACGUCCAAGUCCUCGGGGUGUCACCAUGGCGAAGUAAGGUCGCUGGCGACAAAAGGGCGGAAAGUGUCGAGUAGAUUCUGCGUAGGUUUGACGGCUGAGCUCGAGGACGGCUUCCUAUGCGGAGGUAGCUCAGUAUGAGUCGAGAUGUGUGGACCAAGAAGAGAGCCGACGCCACUGGGGACAAUGGUUGGUCUGAGAGGGGCGGCUACAUGGCUGCCAAGGUGUCAAAGUUGGAGGAGCAGUUCAAAAGUGACGCUCCCAGGGAGAAGCAGAAGGACGGCUCUUCCAGCAUUUUCACCGGGGUGGCCAUCUAUGUGAACGGCUACACAGAACCGAGUGCGGAUGAGCUGCGCAGACUGAUGAUGAUGCACGGCGGGCAGUUCCACGUCUACUAUUCCCACUCCAAGACCACCCACAUCAUCGCCAACAAUUUGCCAAACAGCAAAAUCCAGGCGCUAAAAGGUGAAAAGGUCAUCAAGCCCGGGUGGAUCACUGACAGCAUCAAAGCAGGGCGUCUCCUCCCUUACUUGCACUACCAACUGUACGCUAAAUACAAAGGGCCACUCUUUCCGGCCGCGAAGCCGCGUCAGACCUCAGAGACCGCCGGACCCAGUGGCACUCGUCGGAGCAUCCCCAACCAGGAGAGCUCGAACUCCAGUUCCCCUGCUCACAAACAACAAGGCUCCCUUCAGACGAUCCCCUCACCCCAGCCACGUCACAGCCCCUCUGCAUCCUCUCACCCGGGCCCCGAGCACAGCCACUUCAGUGUCCGGCCGAGACACGGCGGCGGUUCCAAUUCCCACAACCCUCGAUUGAAAGCAAGCCCCUUAAACCACCCGCAGUCGGGGGUUUUACCACCGUAUCGCCUCCCGCCACAGAGAACAGACCAUCCUGAACCUCAAACCUCCUCCGGUGCGCACCAGAGGAGACACAAAGAAGUGGAAAUAAGAGUGAAUGGAUCAUUGCAGACCUCAGCAGCAGCUUUGACUCCAGAGUGCAUCGACGCUCCUUCCCCCCUCACAAAUGGACACGCUCAUCUUUUUAAUGGUGCCUUAAAGUCAAAGGACCUCGUUCUCGACCAAAUUUGUGUCCCCACGGACCCGAGCGAAUGGGGAAUUGCGAGUCCCGAAAGAAAAGACACUUCCCCUAGCAGACUCGAUCCGUAUGAGUUCCCCAACAGUCCUCCGAAGCAGUCUGACCACCUCCCAGUUUGUCCUGAGGACUCAUGUUGGAAAGAUGCACUUAGAUCACCACAACCAACCUCCCUCGAAGUGGACACGAAUCCUGACAAAAUUCCUCGUUCCCCGUCGCCUCAUCGCCACGUCCCCGUGCGUCUGAACGGAAGUCACCACGAUGCCUUUUCAUCCCACCCAGCCUCGGAAAGCAACUCGACAGUCCGACCUCUUCCCGGCGAAGCGCCGUCCGAAUCCGCGGCUCGGCUUUCGGCGCAGACGGGCGGCCUGAUCUCGGAGUACUAUGCCCACUCGCGUUUACACCAGAUCUCCACGUGGCGGACCGGUUUCUCCGAGUACGUCAAUGAACUGCACAGCAAGCGAAAGGCAACGGGCGUUGCCUCCUUUCCGGGCAAAGAGCGGCUUCGGAAGUUAGUGGCGCAGGGGGCUUUUGAAAGCCGAGCUACGCCGACAUCCUUUGCAGUGAAAUCGUCCAUCUUCCACGUUGACAUGGAUUGUUUCUUUGUGUCUGUCGGGAUCCGACAUCGACCUGAACUCAAAGAUAAGCCUGUAGCUGUGACGAGUAACCGCGGACAUAUGCGUGUGCCUUUAAGACCGGGGGCCGAGCCACAUCUGGAGCAGCAGUACUUCCAGAGGAAACAUGCUCUUCCUCCACCCGGUGAGGAUCGUUUCAAAGGCAAAGACUUGGCGUGUUUGCGUGAUGCCGCCCCACGAGAAAGUGCCGAAGUUCACGUUAAUGGAGUGGACCGGGAUGCUUCUCUUUCCAUGGCGGAGAUUGCAUCCUGUAGCUAUGCCGCAAGGCAGGCAGGUGUGAAGAACGGCAUGUUUUUCGGUCAAGCCAAGCAGCUGUGUCCCACUCUGCAGUCUGUCCCGUACGACUUCGACGCCUACAAAGAAGUGGCCGUCACCAUGUAUGAGACGCUGGCCAGUUACACUCACGACAUCGAGGCACUGAGCUGCGACGAAGUGCUGCUGGACGCCUCGGCUCUCGUAGCCGAGUUGUGCGUGGACCCAGAGGAUCUGGCCAAAGUCAUCAGAGCAGACAUCAAGGAAAAAACCGGAUGUUGUGCUUCAAUUGGCAUGGGGUCCAACAUCUUAUUGGCUCGACUUUCGACGCGCAAGGCCAAGCCAGAUGGGCAGUACUUUUUAAAGUCAGAGGAAGUGGACGAUUUUAUCAGGGACCUGCCAGUGACCAGCUUACCUGGCGUGGGGCCUGUCAUGGGCAGAAAGCUGGCAGCCAUCGGGGUCAAGUCAUGCGGAGACCUGCGGCAGGUGUCUCUGACUCAGCUGCAGAAAAAGUUUGGGCCGCGCUCAGGACAGACGCUGUUCCGUUUCUGCAGGGGUCUCGACGACCGACCCGUCCGCUACGAGAAAGAGAGGAAGUCCGUGUCUGCAGAGAUGAACUACAACAUUCGCUUUACAAAGGUUGAUGAGGCCGAAUCGUUCCUGUCCAACCUAUCCAUGGAGGUGCAGCGACGCCUACAAGAAGCCGGGCUGCAAGGUCGCAGAGUGACGCUCAAGGUCAUGGUCCGCAAGGACGGCGCCCCCCAGGAAACGUCCAAAUACGGCGGACACGGCAUAUGUGACAACUUUGCCAAGACCGUGAUGCUCGCACAGUCCACCGACAGCGGCCAACUAAUUGCCGCGACAGUCAUCAAGAUGUUCCACGCCAUGAAGUUGCCAGUGCAGGACCUCCGAGGCCUUGGCAUCCAGGUCCAGCUUCUGGAGGGAAGUCAUUCCGCUCGCAACAAUGCCAACGCCCUUCGGACGCGCUCCAUAAAAGAGAUGUUGCUUGGCCGUACGUCCACCGGCAAAGAAGCUGGUGACAACAGCAAGGAUCAUGAAAAGACGCCCCCUACCCGAGCUAUAUCGCCUGGGUCCAUCAAGGAUCCUCAGUCUCCCAACGUGUCGGUUCCAGGAACCAGCAAAGAACACGAACCAUGCCGACAAACGCCCGUAACCCCCAGAACAAGUCUUGACUUCAGUAUCGAAAUCCCCUCACCUUCACAGGUGGAUCGGUCCGUGUUGGAAGCCCUACCUGCAGAACUGAGAUUACAAGUGGAGCAGUCGUGGACUUGCAGAGAAGGCAGACGAACGAACCACCACCGUCCUGCCAGUCCACAUCCACGGAGUCCCAAGUCACGUCCGGUCUCUCCUCCUUGUCCUGCUCCUCCACUGAACAACCAACUUGUACCCUCUGGAGCACUAGUGCUGCAGAUUCCGAACCAGCCCGAUAGUCCAGGAAUUAUUUUGGAGCUGCCUAACUAUUCCCAGGUUGACCCAGAUGUUUUCGCCGCUCUUCCCAAAGAGCUCCAGGAGGAACUCAAGUCUGCCUACAACCAUGCCGCAAAUAACCAACCUCAGACAAAAAUGUCGGAGCAGAACAACGCGCUUUUGCAGCUGAAGCAGUCCGUAGGUGUCGGGCGACUGAAGCGGCGUUACAAGAGGAAAAACGCAGUAAGCCCCGCCAAAAAGGGCCCGUCGCCUCAAAAGAAGUGCCGCCCGAUGAACAGCCCUGCCAAAAUCGGACCCCCUUUUACGAAACUGAAGGAGCCUGUGAAUCUCUUAAAGGCUGAAAAUGAUCCAUCCACAUCCUCCCCAAAGCAGGAGCUUUUGCCAAAAGGCCUCCUUCGCCCCACUCCAGCGCUGGCCGGAGCCUCUGAGUUACCCGAUAUUAAAACGCUGUUGCGGGAAUGGGUGACCACCAUGACUGACCCCAUGGAAGAGGACAUUCUGCAGGUGGUGAAAUACUGCACCGAUCUAAUCGAGGACAAGGAUCUGGAGAAGCUCGAUCUGAUCAUAAAAUUCAUGAAGAGGAUCAUGCAGCAGUCGCUGGAGUCCGUGUGGAGUAUGGCCUUUGAUUUCAUCUUGGACAACGUGCAGGUGGUCGUGCAGCAAACCUACGGUAGCACCUUAAAGAUCACGUGAACGUCUUUAUUCCCGCUUUUUUUUUUUCCUACAUUUGAACUGUUCUCGCUGGCCCAACCGUCGGGUUCAGUAAGCGGCACAGAAAUCGCAGCUUAUUCCCGGUCAAGCAUAUCGACACAAAAUGGCGGUUUCUUAUUCAGCGCGAGCCAAGAGAAAUGCAAAAGCCAUGAUUGUAUUCAAAAUCGCUUUGCAUACGUGCAGCAUUUUCUUGUCUUUUAAAGACUGCGGCAAGCAAGUGAAGGGCAGAAAUGUCGGGAAGUUUUUUUUUUCAUCUUUUCUUGGUCGAAAUUCUGUCUUGGAAUCCCGUGGAACCUCCAAAGUGGAACACAAUUCACUCUGUGAUAUUGACGGCGGACUUCAAAGUUGUUUGGAUUUUUCUCUCGCAGGAAAUGUCAAGUGAAUGUUUUUGUACGGGCAAUGUUUUAAGUGACAUUUUAACAUUUUUUUCCUGUCAUGUGAGAAUAAAAAGAAAGACAUGACGGCGUACAAGUAAAACUCAUUAAAGAUGUCUGACCUUUGAAUGGAGAGUGAGAGGAAGGUGGGGAGCAAUAUUUUCACUGAGUGGCGAUGUAUUGCUGGAAUUCCAGUAGUGCCUUGAUUUCUGAGUUUAUUUUGUCGGAUGACCACACGUGUAACUCGAAAAAAAAAAAACAUGUAUCUCAAAUCAUCUUACCCCUGUUGAAAUGAAUGGGAAUGCAAUUUAUCCAUUCCACUCCCGCAUUGGGAUCGUUCCGGUGUAUCCCCUUUGGCUACGGGAAAAGGAUAAUACAGUCAGGCAGAGACCCAAAAUGAGUUUCACAACUCUGUCAACUGCAGUGCCGUAAAUUCCGGCCUACAAGCCGCAACUUUGUUGAAACGCUUUCAACCCUGCGGUUUACGCGGUGAUGCGGCGCUAGCGUUAGCGCGGCCCCAAUGUUCCCUCGAAGCUGCGCAACUGCGCAUUUGCGCACUUGUCGCACACACUCAGCGCAGAGGAAAACAGAUCCAGCGCAGUGAAUGACAGGCUGACUUUUUUUUUUCCACUCUCCUUCCUGCUUUACCUGACACCGCCCCCCUCCAUUUUAAAGGGGUGCACUCAUAAUUACAAACACCGGGGUGAAUAAUACAAGAAAACGCGGUGAAACUGGAUGAGAUUUUCUCUUCUUUGAGUAAAAAAGGUCUGGUCUGAAUCCAAAGUAGAAAGUACAGGAUUAGAUGGUGUAUAAUGUUAAAAUUCCACUUUGGCAGAGCUGAUCAAAGAUGAAAGCACUGAUGAUGCAUUGCCCAAAAAGCUAAUUCUGUAUUUUAAAUAUAGGAGGCAACAUAACAUUAACCCUGGUGGUCAAAAGGGGGCGCUCACGGCCCUAGUGUGUUUGCUCAGAUACGUAUAAAAUUAGAGGGAACAUUGCGCGGCGCUAGCAUUAGCGCACCUGGUUAUAAGUACACGGAAAGAAUUUAACACUAGCGCUAAUGUUAAGAAAGAGUUGAACGCUAGCGUUCUAACCAGGUGCGCUCUGUAGGCCGAGAAUUGCGGUAAUUUUAGAUCUUGUUCCUAGAGGGUAACAAACGUAUGCCUGGGAGUAUCGUUAUAUUGUCUGAAUGUAAAAAUGGAAUGUUUCCACACCUUCAAUCUAAAAAAAAAAAAGUCGCAGGUCUUGGUCACUCAAUCAGUCAAGUCACCACUAUUAUGGUAGCAAUGUAUAAUAAUUUUGUUCAGCAUUUCCUUGGUAAAAAUGGAUUGGCUGAUCUUGGACUGCAGCCAACCAGUUUUCUGCAAUGGUUGAAUUUCUAGUUGUGCUCUACGGUUAUCAUUACACCUCAUCCGCGUUCCAUGACAGUUGCUCACUGAGCAAAAGUCUCGUGCGACGAUUGGUUGACUCCGCGUUCGUCGACCUUCUGCGGCAUAUUUUGGGUUCAACUCCAAACGGUACCGGUUUCGGGGCGUCGGGCUUUGGAGGUUCCACUGCGUUGUGUAAAUUGAUUCCCAAUCACGUACAUGUAAAGAUAACGCGGCUCGUCCAAUGUAUGAAUGCUCUUUUUCAACCUUUCGUACGGUGUAUGUGAUAUCUGAUAUUUCCUAAAAAGAAGCAGAAAAAAAUGCUGUGAAAAAGUCAUCCUUUUUUUUUUAAAAAAAAAAAAAAAAGUGCCAAAUCCUUGUCAUCAAACUAUGUAAAUGUUUUUUUUUUUUUUUAAUGCUUGUUUAACAGAAGUAAAAAGUUUACCUCUUGUAAUGUUUACAUUUAGUGACUUCUUAGUAACUGCAAAUUGUGGACCUUUUCGGUCUUUGGAAAGAAAGCACUUAAGAGCUUCACUUUUGAUUGUCACUGUUCAUUGUUACCUCUAUAUUUUUUUUGAUGCGUGUUUAAAAAAAAAAAUAAUAAUAAUAUAUCCUUUUGGAUACAAGUUACAUCUGAACAAUGUUACAUUUUUACCUUUGUAGCCCAAAUUUGUAUUGCAUUUAAAGAGGACUGACAUCAGCUGCCCAUCAUUCAGAAAUGUUGGUGGGGAGGGCAAAAAAAAAAAAAAAAAAAAAUCCAAUAUGCAAAAGCAAAUAAGUUGAAAACUUCUGGGACUUAAGAUGCGUGGUUUUGCUUUACAAGUUCCUCCUCCUCGUUGAUGUGUUUCGUGAAAGCAAAUGGGCCUAAUUUUAGAACGGGACAAGUUUUAUCUUUAUAAGUCUGACUUGUGCCUGAAGACCUGAAGCUGUGAACGUUUUCUAAAGCUUGAUGAUGAUGAUGAUAAUAAACUGUAACUUCUA